AUGGUGAAGUGUGUGGCAGUGGGUUGUGUGUCAGGUUAUAAAAGGAAAAAAAAUCCUGUCGAAAAAGUCUUUUUCUAUUACGUACCUAAGGACGAAAAAACAAUUAAAAAGUGGCAAAUUGCAAUUUUACGUGACGAUAUCACUUUGAAAGCAGGAGACGCAGUAUGCGAAAAACAUUUUCGCAAGACUGAUUUUAUUUUUGAAAGACCGAUAACAAGUUCUGACGGAACUGUCAUAGGCAAGACUGUGCUGAAAAAACCAGAAUUAAAGAAAGAUGUUUUACCAAGUUUGAACUUAGGACGAAAGGAAAAACCUGAAGCGAAACCAAGGUCAUUAUUUCUGAAACGUACUCGAGAUAGGAAUAUUGUUGAUGAACCGAAAGGCAGUAAAACAAUAAAAAUUUCUGAAGAUAAAAUAAGAGAAGUUUCGGAAAAAAGUGCCGUUGAUGCGAGUGAUGCGACAAUUAAUGUCGAUGAAGACGAAGUGUUGCCUGAGGAGAAUAAGACUUUGUUUCAGCAAAUAGCUGAAGAUGAAAAAAGUGUAGUCCUGCCUUGUGGAUGGCUUCGAUCAAAUAUCACUUGUAAUCACGAAAAUGGAAUUAGUUUCGUAAAAUUAAUCGGAAUUAAAGAAAAAAAUGGGCAGAUUCAUUCUGGCUGUCAUAAAACAGUUACUCUUGACGAAGAUAUGAAUAUUUUCAUUUAUAUUAAUGGGAGACACAUGGAAAAUGUUAAUUUUGGUUUUUCAAGUAAUAAAUUUGAAAGCGUAGAAAAUUUAUCACAUGUCCUCGAAACAGUGGAUAAAUGUCAAAUUUGUCAAGGUAGCUUCAAUAUAGAAAAUAAUGUCAUUAAUGCCAGUCUUUUGCAGUCGUUUACGUUUAUUGAUGGUAUCAAUAUCUUAAGGAAUAAAUGCUGUCCUAUCAUACUACAAGAAGGUUUAAAGCUGAAAGGUCGUCACAAUCAAUGCAAUUAUUGUAAAAAUGUUGGACAUGUGUUGAAUACUAAAAUUAUUCGUCGUCAAAGGAACAGGAACUCGAAAUAUUUUCUUUCAAAAGACUUGAGUCCGAAAAAACGAGCGCAACUUGAAAAAAUAAAAAAAAUAGUUAAAAAUACGGGUCGAGUGAAGGAAAGAGCUCAAGCUACUAUUCGACUAUUAAAAGCAACGGUAAAAGAAUCACAAGAAAAAUUAAGUAAAACUUCUGACGAUUGCGUGGAUAAAAUGUUAUCUGAAAAUUCAAAUAUUAGCCCGAAUGAGCAGUUAGCUAUUAAGGAAAUUUUAAAAGCAUCCAAAGUUAAAAGUGCAAAAGGUCGAAGGUAUUCAGAUGACUGGAUCAUUCUCUGCCUCCUACUACACAUGCGGUCACCUGUAACGUACAGAAUGAUUUACGAUAAUAAAAUCUUAUCUGUACCCUGCGUCAGAACAAUUCGGAGGUACCUUGCUUAAAUAAUUAAAAAUACAAUAUUAAAAUAAU